AUGCAACAUUGUCUCAAUCAUUCUCUUAAAGGUUGCUUUGGAAAUGUAAUAGAAGGCACUUCAAGUCUGUUGCAAACAUUCUUGGACACAACAGCAAAGAAGUUGGUUGAUGCAUGGAAAAAUCAUCAUUCCGAAGAAAAGUACUUCUCAGAAAUCAUUACUGAAACCUUAUUAAAUGAUGUUAAAAGCCCAUUUAAUGGAUUGGACACCUAUUUCAAACAGGUAUCAUACAUAAAACAAAAUUUCAAUUAUGUGAACUAUCGCGAGGAAUUAUUGGGACAACAAAUUAAGCGAGUUCCAAAGAGAAACAAACGCAUCUUGGUUGAGAAAGAAGAAUCCUUUAUUUACAUUCCCAUCAUUGAAAGUUUGAAACAACUUUUCACAAAUAAGACUCUUGCAAAAGUUAUCUUCAGAAAGCCUAACACAUGUAAUGAUGAAAUCUUGUAUGAUAUAUGUGAUGGUGAAUUCUUUAAGAAUGAUAGACUUUUCGUUGAUCACAAAGAUGCUUUGAUAAUUAUAAUUUAUCAUGAUGCAUUAGAAGUGUGUAAUCCUCUCGGUAGUCAUACAGGAACCCAUAAGGUCGACAUGUUCUAUUAUACAUUGGGAAACCUCAGUCCAAAGAUUCGGUCAAAGCGGUGUGCUAUUCGACUGUUGGCAAUCGUAAAGUCGAAUUUGGUCAAGAAGUAUGGCUACAAUGCUAUUCUGAAACCAAUUAUUUCAGAUAUAAAGAAGUUGGAAAGUGGCCACUUGUUCCAAGUUUGUGGAAAAGAAAAGGAAGUCUUUGGCAAGGUUGUUUCAUGUGCUGGGGACACUGAGGGUCAGCAUGAGUGGGGUGGUUUUAAAGUUGGUGUUGGAUUUUCAUUCCACAAAUGUCAUCAUUGCCAAUGCCAUUUUGAAGCCAUGCAGGAGAAAUUUUUUGAAGAAGAUUUCACAGUAAGGAAUAAAGAAAUGCAUGACAGACAUUGCCAAGAAAUUGAGACAGCACCGAAUGAUGUUGUCAAAAAUGACCUGACCACAACAUAUGGUAUUAACCACAGAAGUUCCUUGUGUGAUUUACAAGACUUUGACAUCAGCAUUCAACUCCCACAAGAUAUCAUGCACACUUUGUUGGAAGGUGUUGUCCAAUAUGAGCUACGCCAUAUAUUAUUGCAUUACAUUACUAACAAUACAUUUACAUUAGCACAGCUAAAUGCAGCUAUAGCUAACCAAGAGUAUGGUUACAGUGAAGUAUCAGACAAACCUGGUCCAUUGAAAGAAUCUGUUUUUCGAGGAGAUGAACGAUACAAACUGAAGUAUAACGCUGCUCAGGCAAGGUUGUUUUUAAGGCUGAUUCCCUUUAUCUUAAGCAGUCUAGUGAAUGAACAUGACAAAUUUUACCAUUUGGUUACUGAACUGAUCUCAAUUGUUCAAAUUCUAUUCUCUCCUGUUAUAAGUAUUAACACUGUGAAUCAGUUGAAGGACUUAAUCGCAGAACACCUCACAAGAUUUAAAGAUUGCUUUCCAUCUACUAACAUCAUCCCGAAGCAACAUUACCUGAUACACAUGCCAUCAAUGAUAAAACAACUUGGCCCUUUGAUAAGACAUUCGUGUUUCGCAUUUGAGUCAGCUCAUAACUUUUUUAAGGAGACUGCACGGAAGCAGAAUUUUAAAAACCUUACAAAGUCCCUCGCAGAAAGAUGUCAAAUGAACGAGUGCAGCAACUUUGCUGAUUCCAACAACCCGCAAUCUCAUCCACUAUUUUCUAAUGAAAGGCAAUAUGGCGUACUGACCCCACUAAAUGAGUUUGGUAAAAAAUCAUUGCGAUUGAAACUCGAUGAUUUUGGUAUGUUACCUGGGAUUGUGAUAGACAAUGCAUUUAAAAGCAGUUGGGUUCUUUGCCAUGGAACAAAGUUUAGAAAGAAUGCUGUAAUCAUGUACAGUGUUAAUGAAACAACAAGGUCACCCCUCUUUGCUACAAUAUUGGAUAUCUGGAUUGUAAGUGAUUUUGUCUAUUUUGAAUGUUCAACCUUGGAAACUACUGGAUUUAGUGAACAUUACCAAGCAUACGGUAUUGAGGAAAACAAAACAAGUACACAAAUUGUUUUCUGCCCUUAUGAGAACCUGGUUGACUAUAAUGUCUUUAGAGAACCUGGUUAG